UGCUGCGCGGACAGAUCUGCCAGCGCCCAGUCCGGGAAUUGGCGAGCGGCGGCGACUGGCAGGACCGGACAAGCCAGGGAGCGGGGUUCUGGGGGCCGCGCGGGUUGAGGCCACCUCGGUUUGGGAAAUACUGGCUUGAGCCCAGGGUCCAGGCAUGGAAUUCCUGACAACCUCCCAACCCCCUCCAGGACCUCCAGCCAUGGACUUGGAGGAGCCCAGGGACACACUUUCACCCUCUCAGGACCUCACCCCUGAUUGCCCGUGGGACCCGGCACCAGGAGGCCCAGGCAGCCUGAGUCAGAUGGAACUUGACGGGCUAAAUAUUCAGGACCUGCUGCAACAGUUUGAAGCUCUGCCAGGUGAUCUGGUGGGCCUGUCCCCAGACGGACCCCCGUGCCCCUUGCACAUUGCCACUGGCCAUGGCCUGGCCUCUCAGGACAUCACCGAUGCCCAUGGGCUCUUGUCCGCCGAGGCUGGCCGGGAAGACUUGCUGAGCCUCUUGCAGCAAGACGAACGCCCUCCUUCCCAGUCAGGUCCCCAGGAACCUCCGGACCCUGCUCCUCGCCUGUUGCAGCCCCCUGAUGACCCAGAGGGGGAUAUGGCCCCCCAGGAGUGGGCAGAAGGAGCCUCUGUCGAGCAGGACGAGGGCAGGAGCUCAAGCAGCUCCCCAGAACUCUGGCUGGAGACAGUACCUCUGGUCACUUCUGAAGAGCCACCUGCCAGUGCCCAGAGCCCCGAGACCCUGGCUUCCUACCCUGCCCUCCAGGAGGCGUCCGGCCCCUGUGACCACGAAGACCUCCUAGAUGGUGUCAUAUUCGGGGCCAAAUACCUGGGCUCCACCCAGCUGGUGUCUGAGCGAAACCCGCCCCCCAGCACGCGCAUGGCGCAGGCCCAGGAGGCCAUGGACCGCGUCAAGGCCCCCGAUGGGGAGACCCAGCCAAUGACAGAGGUAGACCUCUUCGUCUCCACCAAGAGGGUCAAGGUUCUGACGGCUGACUCCCAGGAGGCCCUGAUGGACCACGCCCUGCAGACCAUCUCCUACAUCGCUGACAUCGGCAGCAUCCUGGUGCUCAUGGCCCGGCGGCGGCUGGCCCGGCGGCCGGCAUCCCAGCCCCACAGCCGCCGGCUCUACAAGAUGAUCUGCCACGUUUUCCACUCAGAGGACGCCCAGCUCAUCGCCCAGGCCAUCGGCCAGGCCUUCGCCGUGGCCUACAGUCAGUUCCUGCGGGAAAGUGGGAUCAACCCCAGCCAGGUGGGCUCCCAGCAGAGCCAGGGUGCCACGGGCCCCGGCCACCUCCACAACGGGGACCUCGACCACUUCUCCAAUAGCGAGAACUGCAGGGAGGUGUGCAUCGAGAAACGCCGGGGUGAGGGUCUGGGCGUAGCCCUGGUGGAGUCGGGCUGGGGUUCCUUGCUGCCCACGGCCGUCAUCGCCAACCUGCUGCACGGGGGCCCCGCCGAGCGCUCAGGGGCCCUCAGCAUUGGAGACCGCAUCACCGCCAUCAACGGGACCAGCCUGGUGGGGCUGCCCCUGGCCGCCUGCCAGGCUGCCGUCCGCGAGGUGAAGUCUCAGACGCUGGUGACCCUGAGCAUCGUCCACUGCCCGCCGGUCACCACGGCCAUCAUCCGCCGGCCCCACGUCCGCGAGCAGCUGGGCUUCUGCGUGGAGGACGGCAUAGUGAGUCCCCAGCCCGCGGACCCGGUGGGGGGUGGGGGGUGGGCAGCCCCAGGCGUGGCCCCCUGGGCAGCGUGGCCCUUCCUGUCCCCCCAGAUCUGCAGCCUCCUCCGGGGUGGCAUUGCCGAGCGCGGGGGCGUCCGCGUGGGGCACCGCAUCAUUGAGAUCAACGGGCAGAGUGUGGUGGCCACGCCCCACGCCCGCAUCAUUGAGCUGCUCACGGAGGCCCACAUUGAGGUCCACAUCAAGACGAUGCCUGCUGCCACCUACCGCCUGCUCACAGGCCAGGAGCAGCCCGUGUACCUGUGACCGGCCACCUUCCCCCCACCACUGUGCCUUAGCCCCCGCCGGCCCCGGAACUCCGUCCGCGGACCCUCCUCGGCUGGCCAGGGCCCCAAAAGUUUCUUGGUUCUAUAUUAUUUUCUUAUGUAAAAAAUUAAAAGCUUAUUGAAUGGG